CCCCGGGGCGGGGCGAGCCGCGUCCCCGCUCCGCCGGCCCCGCUCCGCCGCCCCGCCGCGUCCGCCCCGUCGCGCCCCGCCAUGGCCGCCCGCUACCUCCGAGCCGUCCCGGCGCUGAGCCGCGCCGCCGGCCUGCCCCGCUGCCCCCCCGCCGCCGCCGCCGCCGCGCUGGGACCCUCGGGGCCGCGGCGACACUAUGCCGACAAGCGGAUCAAGGUGGCCAACCCGGUGGUGGAGAUGGACGGAGACGAGAUGACGCGGAUCAUCUGGGCCUUCAUCAAGGAGAAGCUGAUCCUGCCCAAUGUGGACGUCCAGCUGAAGUAUUUUGACCUGGGCCUGCCGCACCGGGACAAGACGGACGACCAGGUCACCAUCGACUCGGCGCUGGCCACCCAGAAGUACAGCGUGGCUGUCAAGUGUGCCACCAUCACUCCGGACGAAGCCAGGGUGGAAGAGUUCAAGCUGAAGAAGAUGUGGAAGAGCCCCAACGGGACCAUCCGGAACAUCCUGGGCGGGACGGUGUUCCGGGAGCCCAUCAUCUGCAAGAACAUCCCCCGCCUGGUGCCCGGCUGGACCAAGCCCAUCACCAUCGGCAGGCAUGCCCACGGCGACCAGUACAAAGCCACCGACUUCGUGGUGAACAAGUCCGGGACGUUCAAGAUGGUCUUCACGCCGAAGGACGGCAGUGGGGUGAAGGAGUGGGAGGUGUACAACUUCCCCGGCGGCGGCGUGGGCAUGGGCAUGUAUAACACAGACGAGUCCAUCUCGGGCUUCGCUCACAGCUGCUUCCAGUACGCCAUCCAGAAGAAGUGGCCUCUCUACAUGAGCACCAAGAACACCAUCCUCAAAGCCUACGACGGGCGCUUCAAAGACCUCUUCCAGGAGAUCUUCGAUAAGCACUACAAGACGGAGUUCGACAAGCUGAAGAUCUGGUACGAGCACCGGCUUAUCGAUGACAUGGUGGCCCAGGUGCUAAAGUCCGCCGGCGGUUUUGUCUGGGCGUGCAAGAACUACGACGGGGACGUCCAGUCGGAUAUCCUGGCCCAAGGCUUCGGCUCCCUGGGGCUGAUGACCUCCGUCCUGGUGUGUCCGGACGGGAAGACCAUCGAGGCAGAGGCGGCCCACGGCACCGUCACGCGCCACUACCGGGAGCACCAGAAGGGACGACCCACCAGCACCAACCCCAUCGCCAGUAUCUUCGCCUGGACGCGUGGGCUGGAGCACAGGGGCAAGUUGGACAGUAAUCCAGAGCUGAUCAAGUUUGCUCAGACGCUGGAGAAGGUCUGCGUUGAGACCGUGGAGAGUGGGACGAUGACGAAGGAUCUGGCCGGCUGCAUUCACGGGCUUGCCAACGUGAAGCUGAACGAGCACUUUGUGAACACCACCGACUUCCUGGACGCCAUCAAGAACAACUUGGACAAGGCCCUGGGCAAGAAGUAGAAGAGGCUCCCCCGGGCGGGGGUCCGCGUGUGCUGCCCAGCCUUUACCUCAUUUUUAACAGGAUAGCGAGCCAGCGCCGCCUCUAGCUCACUGACACGGCUCAGGAACAUUUGAAUAAUUUUUAUAAGCAGUUUUCCUACGAGUGUUUUUAAAGCCUUUCUAGCAGGGGUUUGUAGGAAGGGGGUGGGGGGGGGCUGCCCUUCACCGUACUGUAAUUUCUGUAACCUCUGACCUCAUGGUGCCAAACAGCUAUUAAACAUGUCACCGGCCCA